CUGACAGGCCCACCACAUCUCCACUUCCAAGCACGACCAUUAGUCCCAUUAUUCAGCCUCUACCCAGUCCCUGCGCCUCAAUGGAAAGACAACCCGUAUCCAUUCGUAAACCAAAAUCUCUUUCUGCAUCUCUCAGCAGCACUUCGACCAGACUCGCAAUAAUGAGCCACGCAAAAGCUCUCGAAAGCGAGAACCAUCAGUCAGACCUGGAGAGUGCCAAGAUCGCCCCCAAGAGCGACAUCACGGCCGAGGUGGAUAUUCUAGGACCGCUGCAAUUCCUCCUAGCUGCUCGUCGUGGCGUUCAUCAGGACCCGUCUUUCGCGAGUAGCCAUGUUCCCGAUGAUCGGGCUAUUACCUUUAAGGGUCCGUCUGGGGUCAAGCCAGCCGUAGACCGAUCGUCGCGGUGGAGUCGGUUCGUCCGCCACAUCGGUUAUCUUCCGACGAGUUCUCGCGUGGUGCUGUCAUGGUUGUUCUUCUACGCGGCUACCGAAUACGGUCUAUAUGUCACAAGAUCCACCGAGGAAGGCACAACCCGGGCAAAGGGGAACAUCUACUACGCAUUGAAACUAGGUCUUUGUACCUCCUCAAUCGUCCUCGCCCUUCUCAUUACCGCCGGCCGAACAGCGCGACAACAAACGAUCGCAACCGUCCCUCCCGAAUUCAAUCCGGCCUCUUAUCAGUGUCGCUUGUUAAACGCGAUGCAGCAGCGUGGAUACCACUACCGUGAGAUUCAAGUGAUCAGUCUGGAGAAGAAGAUGGCGUAUUGGAAGGCUGAUCCGAGCCACCGUGAGUGUUUCACUAUCAAAGGGCUGGUGGAUCCGGGGUGUGAAGGUGGUGGGGUUUAUGAUGUGGUUGUAAAUUUUUGGAAGGAUGGGAGGCUGAAUUUGCGGUUUUGUCUGCCGCAGGAGAAUUCCGAGGAUGGUUCGUUGGCUGAGAGGCCGGGCUUGAUUUUGGAAUCAGUGAGAAAGGGUCAAGAUUAGGUGGAUGGCAUUUCGAUUACAUUUUGAUAUUUCAUUGGCCGUAUAGGGUACUGCCACUAUCAUUUCUUUCGUUCGAGCGCCUUGAUUAACUCGGUGGUAAUCCUUUUCUGUCCGAUGUCAUUCCCGAGGUAUUCCAUAGUUCGAACCAUAUUUUAAACCAUUUUCUGUCG